CUCUGUGAAUUUCCUAACAGAAGUCCUGGAGGGGAUAUGGGUGCCAAAAAGAAAAAGAAGAAACAGAAGAGAAAAAAGGAGAAACCGAACUCCGGAGGCACCAAGUCAGACUCGGCCUCUGAUUCCCAGGAGAUUAAAAUCCAGCAGCCUUCCAAAAAUCCCACCAUUCCAAUGCAGAAGUUGCAGGAUAUCCAGAGAGCGAUGGAGCUGUUGUCCGCGUGCCAGGGCCCUGCCAGGAGCAUCGAUGUGGCUGCCAAACACAGAUACCAGUUUUGGGACACACAGCCAGUACCCAAAUUAAAUGAAGUCAUAACCUCUCACGGGGCGAUUGAAGCAGAUAAAGACAACGUGCGUCAGGAGCCCUAUUCCCUGCCACAGGGUUUUAUGUGGGACACCCUAGAUUUGGGUAACGCCGACGUGCUCAAGGAGCUGUACACACUGUUAAACGAGAAUUACGUGGAAGAUGAGGAGAGCGUGUUCCGGUUCGACUACUCUCCUGAGUUCCUGCUGUGGGCUCUGCGUCCCCCAGGCUGGCUCCUUCAGUGGCACUGUGGGGUCAGAGUGUCUUCGAACAAAAAACUGGUGGGGUUCAUAAGUGCCAUCCCAGCAAACAUUCGGAUUUAUGACAGUGUGAAGAAGAUGGUAGAAAUCAACUUUCUUUGUGUUCAUAAGAAAUUGAGAUCAAAACGGGUAGCCCCAGUGUUAAUUCGAGAAAUAACCAGAAGAGUGAACCUGGAAGGGAUUUUUCAGGCCGUCUAUACCGCUGGAGUGGUUCUUCCUAAGCCGGUGGCCACCUGCAGAUACUGGCAUCGAUCACUAAACCCCAGAAAACUGGUAGAAGUGAAAUUUUCUCACUUGAGUAGAAAUAUGACUUUACAGAGAACUAUGAAGCUCUACAGACUUCCGGACGCUACCAAGACUUCAGGCCUGAGACCGAUGGAACCGCGAGAUAUCCGGGCCGUUCGAGACUUGACCAACACUUACCUGAAGCAGUUCCAUCUCGCCCCGGUGAUGGAUGAAGAGGAAGUAGCUCACUGGUUCCUCCCCCAGGAGCACAUUAUUGACACGUUUGUAGUGGAGAACUCCAGUGGUAAGCUAACUGACUUCCUGAGCUUCUACACACUCCCCUCCACAGUCGUGCACCACCCCGCGCACAAGAGCCUCAAAGCGGCCUACUCCUUCUACAACAUCCACACGGAGACGCCCCUGCUGGACCUCAUGAGUGACGCGCUCAUUAUAGCCAAGUUGAAAGGAUUUGAUGUAUUCAAUGCACUAGAUCUGAUGGAAAAUAAGACCUUCUUGGAAAAACUCAAAUUUGGCAUAGGAGAUGGCAAUUUGCAGUAUUACCUGUACAACUGGAGAUGUCCGGGGACAGAUUCUGAAAAGGUUGGACUAGUAUUACAAUAGAUGGAUAUUUCUAUUUCUAGAACUCUGACAUCAUCCUUUGUUAAUAUUCUAUUUAAUGAUUCCUGGAACUGCCAUUCCAAAGAAGAAUAAAAGCACAACUUAAGUGAAAUCGAUGUAGUCGGUAACAAUCAGAAAAGAUGAAAAAAACACCCAUAUGUGACCAAUAGUACAUAUUUCUAGCUAGGAUGUUAACAUUCUUUUUUCUCAACUGUUUACCCAUUUGUAGGAGGGAUGAAAGGGUACAGAGAGCACAUUCCUCUAGUUUUCAGACUUGGGCUGUCUCUUGAAGAGAAGGUAUUUUUCCACUCUGUAGAAAAGGGACUGUUUUUCUAUGGACUGAACAGGAGUCACAGAACUGUGUAAGGAAAUCUUUGCUAUUGUGUGGAGAUAAACUGUUGCAUUUCUAUUUAUUAAGUGUUGGUCUGUUUGUCCGUGUAACAGAAUGAAGGAUCCAUGUGGAAAACGUAUGCUCCCGUCACCUUACAUGGUAUCACUGGGGGCAUUUAUGGAAUCAGCACCUUCCGUAACUCAGUGACGAGUUUGAAGUAGAGAGGGAGAUAAAAAUAUUCUGGUGACUAGGAAGUACAUUGAUUUCUCCAGAAGCAGAGUUGCCAAAUAAACAAACACACAGAUGUGUACUUUGAUCUCCAGCAGGUCAGUGGAGUGGUUCAAAAGGAAAGUUCUGUGCAAACAUGUGCUGAGGGUCUGCACCGUGACUGACUAGACUUCUCCCGCACAAACUCGUGUCUUCUCAGUGGCAGCAAGAGAUGUCAGGCAAAGAAAAUUAAAGCUCUAAAGUCAAAAGAAAUGCUUAGUGGAAUUUAUUAGUGCUAUCAGGACCUAGAUAGUUUGAAUGUUUUUAUUACUUAUGCAAAAUUGCACAUAUUCCUUUAUGCUGACUUCAUCAUGAAAGCUGUCAUGCUAAUGGAAAAUGUCUUAUAUGUAAAUAAGUAUUCAUAAUUUUGUUACUGAUGGUGUUUUUAUCUAGAAUUUGAAAACCCAGUUUUCGCAGUGUACAUAUAUGUGUAUAUAUCGCCAGUAGCCCAAGGACGGGGAGGAGGAUGCCAAACAAGGCCACAUAGAACUGGCUUUGACUCACAUACUGAGAGUAGAUACUUCUUCCUGCCUUUACUGUAUCAGUGCCUAGGCUCUUCAGUCCAGAAAAAUUUAAUUUUAGACCACACAACGGCCUUUCCUUUAUGUUCUAAGUGGUCAAAUAAAACCAGUCACAUCUUAGAUCAAGUAGGAGCUAGCAAACUAUGGCCCAGGAGCUAAAUCCAGCCUGUCACCUGUUUUUGUACAGCCCGUGAGCUAAGAAUGGCUUUUACAUUUUUGAAUGGUUGCUGGGGGUGGGGGGAGGAAGGAGAAUCAAAGGAAUAACAUCUUGUGACAUGGGAAAAUUGUAGGACAUUCAAUUUCAGCAUCCAUAGUUUUAUUGGAACAGAGCCCCACUCAUUAGCUUAUGUAUCACCUGUGGCUGCUUCACGCUACACAAGGCAGAGGUGAGUUAUUCUGACAGAACUGUAUGGCCCAAAAGGCCUUAAAAUAUUUACUGUCUGGCCCUUUACAGAAGAAAAAAAAAGUUGUCAACCAUUACACUAGAGCUGAAAGCCACUCUCUCUACACCUUCCUACCAUCAUCCUCAAGACAAACCCACAGCUGUGACUACCACUAGAAGGCGCUCGGGGACCGCACAGUAGUGCAUAAUUGGGACAGCAGUGUUUACCUUUUUGAAGACAUUGAGGAGACUUCUCAUAGAGGACGAUUCGGACUCCCACUGCAUUACCAUUCUUUCUUAAGAGAGUGAGAGUGGCUUCGGAAGCAAAACUGAAUCAGUCCACCAAAACACCAAGAAUUAAGUAAAUGGGAUUUUCAUCUGGAGUCAAAGCUCUAGUUGGGAAUUGUGUUCCAUUCAUUUUUAAGGCACAGUCUUAUAGAAUGUAGGUUUUCAGAUGAUUGCAGAAUUGCCAGUCAGUAAUUUCAUCACAGGCUCACCUCGCACUUCUCCUUUGUUUACAUAAUUCCAGCUGUUCUAGAAUUCAGAUGUUUUAAUACAGUAAUUAAUAAAUAGCAUAUCCCCCUCUUUAUAAGGUCUCUUUAUAAUUUAGACAGACUACCAAUGAAUAUUUCAAAAUUGAAAAUUGAUAAAACUGCUGGUGUUUAUAAAGUAGUUAUUAGAAUUAAAUUUCACCGCAAUAUACAGUAUCUUAUAGAUUCAAAAAAACAUUGUCCUGCGUCUUUGUCAACAAUGGAAAUGCUCUAUUCCAUGAGGUACCUUUCCCUCUCCGUCCCCUUUUUUUUAGCCAACAUGGCAUUUAGUAAAAUUUAACUGAACAGAGGUGGCAUAAUCUAAGAGUCAACCAGAAUUUAGGCUGAAAAUAUACUUUAGGAACCCAGUACCUUCCCUCUAAAUUACAAAAGGACCUUUUCCAAACACAUACUGUGAACAGCAGACACUUUUACACAGACCUAGAGGAUUGAUUAUGCUCCAUUUCCUAACAUGAAGAACCCCAGUCAUUGCACAAACCUGAGACCUCAAGCUCCUCAUUUUAUUUUUAAUUCUCUUCCUGCCUCAUUUGACCUAAUUACCAGCAUACUUUUUACCCAUGUUAAGUUUCCAAGGAAAUAAAUUAACCAUGUAAAGGGGUGAAUUUCAACCAUUCAAAAUACCGUAUCUGGCUUUUCCCUAUAAACACUAAGCUCAUGCAUAUGCCUACCUACAAAGAAAGUCAAAUCAACCGAAAGUAAAAAAAACCUGAUAUGUUUCUGAAGACAAGGUCGUGCUUGGUGUUUACUAUCUUUCUUUUAAAACUGAUUGAGCUGCAAUCCAGUUUUAUCUGCAUUACUAACUAGAACCUGUUUACUGUGGCCGAUUUUCCAAGUUUGAUAGAAAGAUGUCAAGUGUUGUAGGAUACAGAAUUGCUUACAAGCAUUGUAGCAGCCUUUUAAAAAGUGAAUUUAUAUAA